AUGUUUCAACUACAUACUUUAUAUUAAAGGUUAAAAAACUAUAUAUUUAUAUUAUAACCUACUUGAUAAUCUCGUAAUAUACUCUGGAGACUUGUAGUUAAGGAGUCGGUUUUAUAAAUAUGAUUAUGGUAUAUAUUCUAUUUUUUCAUGACAAGAAAAGCAUAAAUUCCAUCACAUGCAGGCCACCCAACGCAAACCAUCGUUAUAUGAGCAGCUACAAUUCGCACCUUAUCACCUCCUCACUUGGUCUCCUCUUCUCUCUGCCGUGCAGAGCGAUGGAUCUCUUAACUCCGCCUUCCCUACUCUUCGUCUUCCUUAUCGUUUUCUAUCUCUACCUCUCAUUUCUCAGGUCUUUUAGAAAAUCACCGGAGAAGGGCUUCCGAAACUACCCCUUGCUUGGAACUUUACCUGAUUUCUUGAAGAAUCGCGAACGCUUCCUGGACUGGACUACCCAAGUUCUUCGGGACUGCCCCACUAAGACCGCCGUCUUCUUCCGUCCCGGCAAAGUCCAAGGCAUCAUUACGGCUAACCCAGACAACGUCGAGCACAUGCUCAAAACCAACUUCCCCAACUAUCCCAAAGGCGAACGAUUCAUCAGCCUCCUCCAUGAUUUCCUCGGCACGGGAAUCUUCAACUCCGACGGCGACCUCUGGAAAGUUCAGAGGAAAACCGCCAGUUACGAGUUCAACACCAAAUCGCUUCGAAACUUUGUCAUCGAGAACGUCACGGUCGAAAUUCAGACCAGGUUGGUUCCGCUUCUCUCUGGGGCCUCAGACGGCCACCGGGUUCUGGACCUGCAGGACAUCUUGGAGCGUUUCGCUUUCGAUAACAUCUGCAAGCUCGCUUUCAACUACGACCCUGAGUGUCUAGGCGGCGAGGGAACCGGCGGGACGAAAUUCAUGUCGGCUUUCGAGGAUGCCGCAACGCUAAGUUCCAGGAGGUUCAUGUACGCUUUACCGGUCGUGUUUAUAAUCAAGAAGUGGUUGAACGUAGGGUCGGAGCGGAGGCUGAGAGAAGCAAUCAUGAGCGUCCACGAGUUCGCGGAUGAGAUCAUAAGGUCCACAUUGGAAGCCAAGGAAAGUAAUCGGGAUCUGGACUUAUUGUCCCGUUUUAUCGGAACAGAAGAGAGUUCUCCGGAAUUUCUGCGAGAUAUCGUGAUAAGCUUCAUCCUGGCUGGGCGAGACACGACGUCGGCAGCUCUGAGCUGGUUCUUCUGGAUACUAUCGUCAAGACCAGACGUGAAGCAAGAAAUAAGAGACGAACUCGGAGCCAUUCGCUCCCGAAACGGGACGAAGAGAGGUGAAGCUUUUGGGUACGAGGAGCUGAAAGAUAUGAACUACCUACAAGCAGCCAUUUCGGAAACGAUGAGGUUGUACCCACCAGUACCGGUGGACACAAAAGCAUGCCUGAACGACGAUGUGCUGCCCGAUGGUACGGUGAUUCGGAAGGACUGGUUCAUAUCUUACCACACAUACGCCAUGGGGAGGAUGGAGAGCAUUUGGGGAAAGGAUUGCUGCGAAUUCAAACCAGAAAGAUGGAUUGAAAAUGGAGUUUACAGAGGCGAGAACCCGUUUCGAUAUCCAGUGUUUCAUGCAGGCCCAAGGCUGUGUUUAGGCAAAGACUUGGCCUACAUUCAGAUGAAGUGCAUAGCAGCUUCAGUGAUGGACUUGUUUGAGAUAGAGGCACAGAACAAGGACAAGUGUCCCGACCACGUGUUAUCCUUGACCUUGAGGAUGAAAGGAGGCUUGCCAGUUGAGGUCGCCAAAAGAGACAUCUUGACUGUGUAGUUCUGAUUUAUUUUGUCGCAUGAUGCGUAAAAUCUUGUAGUCUUCCUUUGAGAGAAAUUAUGGUGUGUACAAAUAACUCAGCUAGGUUAGCCCAUGACGCCCAUUAUGACAUUUUUUGUUGUAUGCUCAUCUACUGUGCGGC